ACACUUGUUUGUCUCCGAAAAAAAGACGGGAUGGAAAAAUGGGUUAAUAUCUUAGUGGAAAUUAGGUUCCUAAAAACGCCAAUGAAACAUUAAACACACUUAAAUUAUAAUUGGUGAAUACAGUAGUUUUAAAAUACUUUAAAUCUUUAUAAUUAGUCUUUUCACUGCAUCGUACCUACACUGCGGUUGAUGUGACCCGAUUUUAGGCGCAGUGAUAGCAUGAAAAGGAGGGGGCAUCCGCGCUCGUUUUCGGGGAUGAAGAAAAAAACUACACGUGCAGUAGAAAGUGAACUGCAGUAUAAGAUUGAAUGGUCCAGUAGAGGAUACGGGAUGACUUGUUAUCGGAUUUCGGGAUAUUUGAUGAUGAUUUCCUUGAGUUAGUUGCAAUUGGACAAUGGUUGAUACGGUAAACAUGGAGAAAACGGAUGCCUACGUCGCUUCUUCGCACCACCAAGCUUACAUACAUAUAUCAAUCAGCAACCGAAGUCUUUAAGACCAUGUGGAGAAUAAAGAGAAUGAAUUUCAUUACCAUUUUAUUUCUGUCACUUUUGUUGUUUUGCGCACUGGCAAGUAACAUCUAUGAGAGGUCAUUGGUACCCAGAGCUGCAACCCGCUCCGUGGCCCGAAUGGACGGUGAUAUAAUAAUUGGAGCUCUUUUUUCUGUACAUCACCAACCGUCGGCGGAAAACGUCGCUGAGAGGACGUGCGGAGAAGUCAGGGAGCAGUAUGGAAUUCAACGGGUCGAGGCGAUGUUCCACACACUGGACAGAAUCAACGCUGAUCCGGAUCUUCUACCGAACAUUACUCUGGGCUGUGAAAUCAGGGACUCUUGCUGGCACUCGUCAGUGGCUUUGGAACAAAGUAUUGAAUUUAUAAGGGACUCUCUAAUUUCAAUCCGUGAUGACAGGGAGGGAACAAAGUGGUGCUUUGACGGGCCUCCAUCCAGUCAACCACCUGCCACUAAGAAGCCCAUAGCUGGUGUGAUCGGACCAGGCUCCAGCUCAGUGGCCAUUCAGGUUCAAAAUCUAUUGCAACUGUUCAACAUCCCCCAGAUUGCCUACUCUGCCACUAGCAUUGAUCUGAGUGAUAAAACCCUCUAUAAGUAUUUCCUCAGAGUGGUACCCUCUGACACACUACAGGCCAGGGCCCUUCUGGACAUUGUUAAACGCUAUAACUGGACUUAUGUAUCGGCUGUGCACACUGAAGGGAACUAUGGUGAGAGCGGGAUGGAGGCUUUUAAGGAGCUGGCUUCCCAGGAGGGCUUGUGCAUUGCUCACUCUGACAAGAUCUACAGCAAUGCUGGGGAGAAGCACUUCGACCGCCUGCUGCGGAAACUUCGAGAGCGGCUGCCCAAGGCACGAGUGGUGGUGUGUUUUUGUGAAGGCAUGACUGUCCGCGGCCUCCUCAUGGCCAUGAGACGCCUUGGUGUAGCUGGAGAGUUUCUCCUCAUUGGAAGUGAUGGCUGGGCGGAUCGAGACGAGGUGGUGGAAGGCUAUGAGCAGGAAGCAGCAGGUGGCAUCACCAUGAAGCUUCAGUCUGAGGAGGUCACAUCCUUUAAUGACUACUACCUGAAGCUGCGCCUUAAUACGAACACCAGGAACCCAUGGUUCGCUGAGUUCUGGCAACAUCGCUUCCAAUGUCGCAUCCCUGGACACCCCCAGGAGAACAGGAACUACAUGAAAAACUGCUCAGAAGGUGACCUAGGUUAUGAGAACCUUGAAGAGAACUAUGUGCAGGACAGUAAGAUGGGUUUUGUCAUCAAUGCGAUCAACGCUAUGGCUCAUGGUCUCCAUGACAUGCACGAGUAUCUGUGUCCUGGCUACAUGGGCCUGUGUGACGCCAUGGAGACUAUCGACGGCAGCAAACUGCUGGAAUUCCUGCUUAAGACUUCCUUUACUGGAGUGUCCGGGGAGGACGUGUGGUUCGAUGAGAAUGGAGAUUCACCUGGCAGGUAUGACAUAAUGAACCUGCAGCAUGUGGCUCCUGGUGUGUAUGACUACAUCAACGUGGGUUCCUGGCACGAGGGCAUCCUGAGUAUUGAUGACUUCAUGAUCCAGAUGAACCGGAGUGAGAUGGUGCGCUCAGUCUGCAGUGAGCCCUGCUCCAAAGGAGAGAUCAAGGUGAUCAGGAAAGGAGAGGUGAGCUGCUGCUGGAUCUGCACAGCCUGCAAGGAUAACGAGUAUGUCCAGGAUGAAUUUACCUGCAAGGCGUGUGAGCUGGGCUGGUGGCCUGAUGAAGAGCUGCAAGGCUGUGAGCCCAUUCCCCUGCGCUAUCUGGAGUGGAGCCAUGCUGAGUCCAUUGUAGCAGUGGUCUUCUCGUGCCUGGGCAUCCUGGUGACCAGUUUCGUUACCUUCGUCUUCAUCCUGUACAGAGACACGCCUGUGGUAAAGUCCUCCAGCCGUGAGCUCUGCUACAUCAUCUUGGCUGGGAUCUUCCUGGGCUACAUAUGCCCCUUUACUCUCAUAGCCCGGCCUUCUGUGGCUUCCUGUUACCUGCAGCGCCUUCUGGUGGGCUUAUCGGCCUCCAUGUGCUACUCAGCACUGGUCACCAAGACCAACCGCAUCGCACGCAUCCUGGCCGGCAGCAAGAAGAAGAUCUGCACGCGGAAGCCACGAUUCAUGAGUGCCUGGGCCCAGGUGAUCAUUGCCUUCAUCCUCAUCAGUGUGCAGCUCACACUGGAGGUGACACUCAUCAUACUAGAGCCCCCGGAGCCAAUAAAGUCUUACCCCAGCAUCCGGGAGGUCUAUCUCAUCUGCAAUACCAGCAACAUGGGCAUGGUGGCGCCGCUGGGCUACAAUGGCCUGCUGAUCCUCAGCUGCACCUACUAUGCCUUCAAGACACGCAAUGUUCCAGCCAACUUCAACGAGGCCAAGUACAUCGCCUUCACCAUGUACACCACCUGCAUCAUCUGGUUAGCUUUCGUGCCCAUCUACUUCGGCUCCAACUACAAGAUCAUCACCACGUCGUUCUCGGUGAGCCUGAGUGUCACCGUGGCACUGGGCUGCAUGUUCACACCCAAGAUGUACAUCAUCAUUGCCAAGCCAGAGCGCAAUGUUCGCAGUGCUUUCACCACGUCAGACGUCGUACGCAUGCACGUAGGCGAUGGAAAGAUCGCCUGCAGGAGCAACAGUCUCAUCAACAUGUUUAAGCGCAAGAAGAAUGGUCCCGGAAGUGCAAAUUCUAAUGGAAAGUCUGUGUCAUGGUCUGAACCAGGUUCAAGACAUCCUCCGAAAGGAGAUCACAUGUGGCACAGACUGUCUGUGCAUGUGAAGAGACAGGAGGCCGGCUCCAAUCAGAUGGCUGUCAUCAAACCUCUAACUAAUACCUACCAUAACACAGGCCUGGAGUUCUCAGACCUAAGCACCAAGACUCUGUACAAUGUAGCUGAGGAGGAUGAGGGUGACCCAGUCAGAUACAAGCCCCCAGUCAGCACUGCGAUGAUCGCUCACAGGCAGGCGCCUGACAGCAAGCCCAUGAACGAAGGGGCUGUGGAGCAGCAGUUUUACACCCCUGAGCAGCACCUGCCACACAAAUGCAUCCUCCCCCAGCAUGCUACUGUAGACCACCUUCAGGAGGUGGUGGGCGAGCUCGGCUCCAGCAUGUCCGAUCUGGAUGACAUUAUUAACAUGCCUGAGCCAGACACAGGGAUGAGGCCUGCGUACCCGCCCCUCAUCCUCCCAAACCAGCAUGGCCCUUACUCGAAGGAGCUUGUCUCCCCACUGGAGGAGGAGGAGGAAGAGGAGGAGGUUGAAGGUGAGCAGUUUGGUCUCCUCCACGGCUACAUGUAUGACAAUGCUCAAAUUCAUGACGAGGAGGACCUGGCGCAGAUUAAGCAUGUGAUGGGGGACUCUGUGGCCCUCAUGCCUCCCUCCCCUUUUCGGGACUCUGUGGGUGCAGGCAGCCCCAUUCCCAACUCCCCUGUGUCUGAGUCCAUCCUGUGCACCCCGCCGAGUGUCACAUACGCUUCCGUCAUCCUCAGAGACUACAAACAGAGCUCCUCUACCCUGUGAGUGAGCUUGACAAAAAAUACAUUAAAAAACAAACAAACAAGGAAACACAAAAAUACUAGCCUCAUCAAAGUACCAGAUUAUCUGGUGUGUCUCUGGAUUGUAAUGUAAUAAUCAAAUAUGCAAAAUCCAAGCCAUCCUUUAAGGGAUAGUUUUUUAUUUUUGUUUUUUUCAAGUAUGUUCAAAGAAAAAAAUAACUUCAGCAUUUGAAUAAGUACAUUGAAUGCAUUUGGAAUAAGUGCUUGUGAAUUAAGUCUUUUUUUUCAGCGUAUUCUUGGACAUGCUGACAACAAAUACAUUAUCACUUCCUACCAGGCUACACAGUUUAUGUCGGAUUUUAUCAAAUGUUCAAAUGGACUCUCAUAAAUAUGUAUGAGUGUGUAUGUAGUGAUAAAUGAUGAUUUAAGUAUUAUUCAUUAAAUGCCAAAACUGUAGCAAGUAGAAUAUGUCAUCUGAAUCUGAUUUCUACAGUCAAUGCAACUUUUCUAAAUUGAAGUUUAAAUCUUUAGUUAGGUAACAUACCAGUAUUAAACAUCAUCAUACUCUUAAAACAGCACAAGCACUCUUGUAAGAAUACUUUAUCAUAAACAUAUGCAGUAAUCUAGGCAUAAAUUAAUAAAAAUACAUAUAUAGAUAGAUAGAUAAAUAUCAGAUGCGUGUUAAAAUGUAGCAGAUGUGUGUUAAAUGCCAUGUCAAUGUUAUGAUGCUUUUAUUUGUCAAAGCAUUUUUGUAGUUUGUUUUUUAUAUAUAUUUUUUGUGAGAUCUGUGAGUGUUUAUAACAUUACUAUCCUGUACAGAAUAAUAACUUGGAUGUUGCCGUUUAUUUAUAAAAUUUAUUUAAAAAAAAUUGAUCAAUAAAUUUAGUCUAAACUCUAUAUGUAGCAAAUUAUAGACUGCGCAAUUUAAAUGGUCAUAACCCCAGUAGAAUACACCGUAAUAUCAAAUGUUCCUUUGCACUUUAAAGCUUUUACCUGAUUUUUUCUUUUUGUCCUUUUACAUACAAUGUUGUGUAGACUGUUCUGUCUACUAUAUAAUUUCCAAAUGAAACAUGUUCUCUCCAUUUUCUAUGCCAUGAGAUCUUCAUACAGUCAGUGUGUUAUAAUAUUUAGAGAAGCACUUUUGCUCUACAGGGCCACCGACGGCAGUUUCUCCAGAAUGUAGCUUUAAUCAAUUGUGUGGCAGACGUUCUCUGCAUGCUGAUGGUUUCAGAGCAUAGACAGCAUCAUCUUUCGAGUUAUGACCAUUUAAGUCACAUCCAUAUUUAUUAAAAAUUGUUCUAAAGUGUUAAGUGAACAUAGAAUAUUGUCUUGUAUUUUGCAAAAUUUUAGAUAAUUAUUUAUUAUUAUUAUUGUUGUAUAGUAUAAAGUUUUUUUUUUUUCUGGUUCACUGCAAUACUGUUCCCUGCUAGACUUAGCAGCAUCAAAUAGGCUUGAUUAGCACAGCAGUAGUAAGAUCAGUGUGAUGCUGUUAUAAUACUCUGCGCAUACUGUACUAUUACGCAGGAGUCAAAAGAUAGCAAGCUAACUUAAGCUUGCAUUUAAGGUAAUUCUGACUGAUCUUAGAUCUACUUAAAUGUAACCCUAAGUUAGCUCUCUAACCCAUAAAUACAUCUUUGUAGCAUAGCAUAUCCCUGUUGUCUUAAAAUCCUUGCUUCCUAAUAGUCUGUAUGUAGAUGUAUAUUAAGCCUAUGAUAAGCUUUGUGUUUCUUCAGAUAGAUAAAAUAUGCACUGUAUGUUUGACCACUAAUUAGUUUAAAACAUACAAUUAUGUUUUCUUAGUCAUGUUAAAUUAAAUACUAUAUGUUUUUGUAAAUGUGUUCUCAGGGUUGUUAUUGUAUAAAAUUUACAAUGUUUUCACAAAAAAGGUGAUAAAUGUUACUGAUUGAUUACAGCAAUAUAGCACAGAACCUGUGUGCAGAAAGAUCAUUUGAUUACAUUUGAUUUAAUUUGAGUACAUUUGAUCACAUUUGCUCUGUUUUACUGGUGCAAGAGCCAUACCUGUAGCAGAUUGCCAAUAAUGGAAACAAUUGAAAUGAUAAAAAUUCAUUUGCACUAAUAAUGGACUCUAGAUAUAUAAAGCACCUAUAUCAUUCUCAUACUUUCUUUAUUUUCUCACUUGUAAUUAAUAGAAAGCAUAGCCUACAUACUGAAAAGUAUGUAUUACGGAAAUCACAUUGCUAUCAAAAGAAACAGGACACAGGACAAUAUGUUUACAAAUGAUCAUUCAUAUGGCCACUGACUGAGACUAAGAUCACUGUUACAGAAUAUAGCUAUGAGAUAUAGCAGGUAUCGAGAUAUAGCAGCACUUUACCUACGUUUACAUUUGCAUUUAUGGCAUUUAGCAGACAUUCUUAUCCAGAGCGACUCAAUUUUGUAAGUCACUCUGGAUAAGAGCGUAUAAAUCUAAAUGUAAAUGUAGGUAAAGUUGGCCCAUAGACGCUUCCUGACUGAUAUGCAGCAGUGUUUUAUAAAAAGCAAACUAACACAGUGCUUAUUAUAUAAGAGUAUCCUUGGGCUACAGGUAUUGCAUACAAAAACGUUACAUUAAAUAACUUGUGUUACAGUGUUAAUAUACCAUUAGUAACAGUGUAAUAGACUAGGUAAACAAUAUGAAACAACACAAGUACUGAAUGUCAUUGGGUUAGUGUCAACCAGCAUAUUCUAUUUUUAUUAGUGCUGCAGUAUUUAAAGGUACAUUAGUCAGGAUUAAAGAAACACCACUUCUAGUAAGUAGGUGUACACAACAGUGGAACGAUUAAAUGCUGUAAAUGUAAAUGUAAAUGUAGGUAAAGUGUUGCUAUAUCUCGAUACCCGCUAAAUUUCAUAGAUAUAUUCUGGAACAGUGAACUUAAUCUCUCAGUCAGUGACCAUAGGGAAAUUUACCAUAGUUAUAAAGUUGAAUUGGCCUGAGAAAUGAUCUCUAACAUAGCAAUUGGACACGAUUUUACUCUUUGGACCUGCCUUCCCCUGGAAAAUAAUUGAUUUAUUCUAUUUGGCAAAUUAUGACAUACGAUUACAUUUCAUUACAUUUUUUCAGACAGUUAUUAUAUAAUCAUAUCACCUAAGUUCUCUACAAUUUCUUCUUGGUAUAGCAGUAUUGUUUAUUCAUAACAGGAAAUAAACUGUUUUUGCUGAAAA